AUAAAAGGGGGUGUUGUAAUGAAUUUGAUUGGGUUCCAAGGCCGGACAAACAUGACUCGUUAAUCGAAAAGACCUCCCAAUCUCUUAUACUUUGUUUACGCGAAAUACACUCAGUGUUCAACUCGGUAAUCUCCGCCUAAGGGGUUCCACUCAUCGGUUAUCAGCUAUCAGUUAUCAGCCAGAGAAGCUAGCUAUGAAUUCCCGCUCCCUCGCUGAUAACACGGUAAUAAGCUAUCUCCUCUGUGUGCGUGUGUGACUUGUAGACCCACCAGCUUCAUUUGCUCAUUGAUCGGCGGUCACUCGACGCGGAAAGUUCCACGGAAAGAAGCAGCGAAAAUGGCAGGUGCAACCAAUUCGGACAUCAAGCGGGUUCUAUCCAUCCAGAGCCAUGUGGUCCACGGCUAUGUGGGAAACAAGGUGGCCACCUAUCCACUGCAGCUGCUGGGCUUCGAUGUGGAUCCACUGAACUCGGUCCAGUUCUCCAAUCACACGGGCUACAAGACCUUCAAGGGUCCCGUCUCCAAUGAAAAGGAAUUGGCCACCAUUUUCGAGGGUCUGGAGGAGAACGAGCUGCUGCCAUUGUACUCACACCUCUUGACCGGCUACAUUGGUAAUCCAUUGUUCCUGCGCCAGGUGGGCCACAUUCUCAAGAAGCUGCGUCAGGCUAAUCCUGGCCUGGUGUACGUCUGUGAUCCGGUGAUGGGUGACAACGGUCAGCUCUAUGUGCCCAAGGAACUUUUGCCCGUUUAUCGGGACGAGAUCAUUCCACUAGCGGACAUCAUCACUCCCAAUCAGUUCGAGGUGGAGCUGCUCACGGAAAAGGAGGUACGCAGCGAGGCGGCUGUUUGGGAGGCAAUGGAGUGGUUCCAUCAGCGUGGCAUCAAAACAGUGGUCAUUUCCAGCAGUGAUCUUGGCCAGUCCGGAGUUCUGCGUGCCUUCCUAAGCCAGCAGAAUGGACCCCGCCUGGCCAUUGAUAUUCCGAAGCAGGGUGGCAAAGAUUUGGUCUUCACUGGCACCGGCGAUCUCUUCGCCUCCCUUUUCCUGGCCCACAGUCAUGGCAGCAAGGAUAUAGCCAAUGUUUUCGAGAAAACCAUCGCCAGUUUGCAGGCGGUGAUCAAGCGAACUGUGGCUUCUCUGCCCAGCGGUGGAAACGGCCCAGUCAAAGCAGCCGAACGGGAACUAAAGCUGGUGCAGUCGAAGACGGAAAUUGAACAGCCCCAGGUGCUCCUCAAAGCGCAGCGACUUAACUAGACCGCGGAAACUAGUUCAAACUGAAAGGGAAACGAUUACCUUCAGAAUAUUUUCUAUACAUGUAUGCUCGUUGUGCUUGUUCACGGACAAUAACCUUUUGAUACCUUAAGAUCAGCAUUUGUUGGCAUUGUUAUAACGAUAUAUGAUUAACAGAGUGACAAGUUAAGUACCAUAUAUAAUUGAUAAACGGCGGAGAUCAAAUAUAUACCUAUGCUCAUUA